AUGGCUGAUACAACUGACGAUCAUGCAGAGCCUGGUGAAGAAGCAGAAGAGGAGCCUCAAACAGAGGAUGAAGAAGAAGUUGGCACAGACCUUUACUAUGAUGCCUCGCAGAUGCAGCAGGCCAUUAUGACAGUCCUGAAUGCCAGUUCCGGAUCCCGUCCAACCGGAACGACUAUGCCUGUGGUGACUUCCAUCAGGGGAGUUUUCCAACGGCUCCACCGCUAUGCAAGAAAUCGAGGACGAGAACAUAUGUCCGAGAUCUACCAAAGGUGGCCUGAAAUCUUGAGUGCCUUGCAGCAUGCCUACGAUGGUUGCACUUUCAAGGGCCAGGCAGAGAUUCAGCUCCGAUUCAGGAGAUUUCUGCACGAAUGUAUCUUCACGGGUGGUAAGGACCAGAGCGCCUGGGAAGAUGCACUGCAGAGUCAGGCUGUGAGCAUUGAAAAACCAGAAGCUGAAGGCUUCACUUGGAGUCCAAUACUCACCUUCGCAGCGACAGUGGAGAACCAAUAUACUCUGGCAGCUGUGAACCGCAACUUUUCCGUGGCUUUACGUUCCGCAGUGGUGUGGGAGGGCCAUGAUGUGACCUUUGCUGAGUCGCACUUCGUGGGUUUGACCAAGCGCGGCUGGUGCACUGCUUUGGCUCUGAUGUCGUGCCUGCAACGGGCCAGGAGCCUUCGCUUGACGAGUUUUCGUAACAGCGCGUUGCGAAUCUCUGCAUCCUCGGUCUUGGAGAAAGCCUCCGCAGAGCUUUGUCCGCAGGUGAUGGUCUUGCCAUGCAGCUUUUGUGAGGAGCAUUGUGGUGAGCAAAUCGAUCUCCCCUCGCCUCGGCGUUUACGAGCAGUCAGGCGGCCCGGUGCAAAGAACAAGGGCGGUGGCUUGCUGUUGGGCACCGGGCCUUUACCCAGAGAUGCAGAGAACCUGCGAAGCUUUGCUGUGCGUUUGGAGGUCUUGUCUCCGGGUGAACGUCUGGACAUCGGUGUGACGGCGCAGGCGCCCUGCGCGCAUUUCGCAUCUGAUGCCGUGGUGGGCCUACGACGGCCCCAGGUCACAUUCGCAGAGGACCUACUGAGCAGCUGGGUGGUUGAAUCUUCCGGACUGUUGGUUGGCAGCCAUGCAGGCUUGCGCAUUCGAGAUGAGCGCUGGAACGCCCGCAGCCUUUGCGCCGGACUGGGCUUCAAUUUUUCUUGCGCAUUCGGUUAUCCUCGGGUAAUUUGUUACGCAGCCUUUGCGACCAUGCUUGCUGUCACCCGUAGCGGCGAGAUGCGUUUGUCCGUGAACGGCGAGGAGCUGGCCAUGUGGCGGGCGCAAAUUCCCUGCGAGCACCUGGGUGAGACAAAUUGA